CAUCUAUUCAUUGUGUCUAUAUAGAAUGUUCGUGCUGUCUUCAUUUACUGAGGACGUGAUCUCAAGUCUCGUGUGUUGUCGAGAUGCCUGUUGCUGCGGGUCACCUCAGUUUAAAGGAGGAAGAUGUGAUCAAAUUAGCUUUGGAAUUCUUGAAUAAUCGUGAUCUUCAUAUCACUCAAGUGAGCCUUGAGCGUGAGACUGGUGUCAUCAACGGAGCCUACUCCGAUGACGUUCUCUUUCUGCGCCAGCUCAUCCUGGACGGGCAAUGGGAAGAUGUGCUCGAGUUCAUUCAGCCCUUGGAAUCCAUCCCAGGAUUCUCCAAGGAUGCCUUUCAUUACAUUAUACUGAAGCACAAAUACGUAGAAUUACUGUGCAUAAAGUUGGAAGCUCCAGAUGCUUCCAAUUUGGAGGAAGCCGUGGAAGAAGUCGUCAAGGUGUUGAAUGAUCUGGAAAAAUUCUGUCCUUCUAAGGAGGAAUACGGGACUUUGUGCUUACUUCUCACUGUAAAUCGUUUGAGCGAGCAAGUGGAUUUCAAGGACUGGAAUCCGAGCACAGCCAGAAUUAGAUGUUUCAACUCGGUUCUACCCCUGGUGGAGAAGUAUUUGGCGAGUGAUCCCAAAGCAGAGCCCGUGCGAUUUUCGCAGAGUGAUCGGCUUCUUCAGCUCAUAAUCAAAGGUAUUCUGUACGAAUCCUGCGUGGAUUUCUGCCAACAAAAAGCGACUUCAAGCGGCGAUGUUGCUGCAACUGGCAGUACAAUGCAAUUUUCUGAACUUCUCACAACAACGGGCUUUUCAGAUUCCGACCUCAGUCUCAUUUCGUGGUUACAAAGUAUUCCUGCGGAAAUAUUUGGCUGUCCUUUUGAACAAAAGACUCUAAAUGUGGAUGUGGAGCGACUGGAAAAGCCUAGUUUGGAGACUUCGUGGACGGAGCACAUGCUCGUUACUCCUAUCAAACCAAAUAUUUUCCCCCAUUCUGCUACUCCAAAUACGAGGUCGAAAAGUGCAGACAUCAUGAGUCGCUCUCUGAAUUUGGCUAGUGGCGAUGGACAUAUUCGUAUGCAGACAGGAUCUGGCCCCAGUUCCACGCUUUCUGCUGAGCUAGAAAAGAUGUCUCGAAGUUUCGCUAGUUUCCAUUUGACAGGAAAGAAAUCCAUGAAUACUUCAGUGGACCGGCUUUUUGAAGAAAAUCCAGUGAAUGAAUUGCCUACUAUAGCUGAGAAAAUCGAAGUUCAUCAUGAAUCUAUACCAAAGCAAGAAUCGGUGAUGACGACGUCGACCGAUUUAUUUCGGGAAUAUUGUCGACAGAAGCAACGUGUUCCAAGUAGAGAAGGUCCUGGAAGUAGUAAUGCGUUGAGUUCAGCACAAAAUGUUCCUGUUGUUGCCGAAUUUCCAAAAACCGAUUUCAAUCCUGUGCCGCAAAAUUAUGUUCACCACAGCUAUAGACACGCACCUGUUGAUGUUGGGUUGACGAUCCCUCGAUCUGCCAAUGGCAUGGGUGAAUUGCACCAAAUCUACCCAACGUCUCAGCUUGGGAUGAAUAGCGUUGAUCGUCAUGGAGUGAGACCAAUGCCUGUGGGACAAUCCACGCAGUACAGCCAGGAUACUUUAUCUGGGUCCGUGAAUUCUUUGUUGGAUGAGCGAGAUGCGACGCAUGAUCCCGGUGGACUUCGGAUGGGGAAAUUCGAAUCGACGAAGUUAUUUUUGGGUGAACGAAAGACGUAUUUGCCAAACGCACCUGUUAUUUUCCUCACAUUCAACCGAACUGCUAUUAAUUUGGUGGCCAAGUCUCUCCUUUCCUGA